CCGAAAGCGACAUCACUAAAAGCAACAUUACCAUGGACUCCAUAGCCCCCUUCGUCGGCACCGACCCGCUCAAAGCUGAGCUGCACGCCUUCCUCUCGACGCACACAGACACCAAUGUCCUCCGCCACUUCCUUGGCACAUCUUUCCCCUUCGCACCCCUACACCUCAACGAUUGUGCCAUCGUCUGCUUGAACCUGGAGUGGUGGCAGAAGGAGCCGCAUCCGACUACCGAGAUUGGAAUCGCUGAGCUGCACCCCACGGGCAUCUUCCCCACCGUGCAUGCAGAGAAUAUCCUAAGAGAAAUUCGUGUCGCCCAUGCGCGAGUCAUGGAGAACGCGCACCUGCUGAACCACUUCCAUGGUUCGGGAAAUCCGGAUGUGUUUCAUUUCGGAACAACAAAGUUCGUGUGCAUCGAAGAGGCGCGGGAUGUGCUAGUGAAUACUUUUGUUCGGCCAAGUGCGGAUGGCACAAUGUUACAGCCGAUCAUCUUCCUGGCGCACGAUGCUGACAAGAAGUUCGAGCAUGUCAAGGAAAAGUUUGGUCUAGAUUUGUUAGCUCUGGGGACUAUCGUCAAGGUCAUCGAUACUCAGACGCUGGCGCGCCAGGCGGGUAUCCUUGGUCCGAAGGGUCCGAGCAUUAGUCUCCCACAUCUGGUGGAGCACUUCAAUAUUACGCCGCAGAAUCUGCAUACCGCGGGGAACGAUGCCGGAUACACGAUGAUCACUGCGAUUCUGUCGUCGUUGAAGAAUGAUCUGUACGGCCAUCGCCCUCUCGCUGAGGCAUUCGGACGCCCACCAGCAGUUGUCGGAAGCCGUAACAUUCAGUGUGUAGUCGAGGACCUUAUGAAGACUAACAAGUCGCUUCCUCCGCCCCCGUGGGGUUACCGACUCUACUGUACGCGCUGUGACCGCAUCAACCAUGUUCGUUCACAGUGCUUCGCCAAAGUAUGGUGCGAGAUUUGCGCACAUUCUGGGAACGCGAAGCUGGAGAAGGCGUGCCGCACGCAUAUGACAGAGAGGUGUGUGUACAACUAUCAGCCACUUCCACGCGCCUCCCCAGAGCCGAAGAAGGAAGAGCUGAGGGACGAGGUGGAGCGGUCUGUCCCUGAGUCCGAUUAAAAGUAGGGUCGGGAAGCAACUCUACGGUAUUUAUUGAUCGGAGCGAGGUGCAACGAUGAUGGGCC